AUGUUUAGAAAUUUAAAUAAAUUAGUUAUCAAUAAUAAUAAUAAAUCAUUAUUAACAACUGUUGUAAACAGAAAUACAUUUUUAACAACAUCAAAACAACAAUUUAAUAGAAAUAAUAAUAAUAAUAAUAAUAAUAAUAAUAAUAAUAAUAAUAAUAAUAAUAAUAAUAAUAAUAAUAAUAAUAAUAAUAAUAAUAAUAAUAAUAAUAAUAAUAAUAAUAAUAAUAAUAAUAAUAAUAAUUGGUUAAAAAAUUCAAUUUUAAUUGGUAGUGGAAUUGCAUUUACAGCAUUAACAAUCGGAGUUGUAUCAGCAGAAGAUGAAACUAAAAUUACUACACAAACAUGGAGAGAAAGAAUUAUAAAUAAUUAUCAAAAUAGAAUUAGAGAAUAUAGUACACCUGAAAAAAUUUUCCAAUGUUUUGCAUCUGUUAAAAAAAAUGGUGAAUCAUUUAUGACAGUUGAAGAUUUUAUUAGAGCAAUUUUACCACACCAAUUUAAAGCAGGAUCAAAUACAUCAGUAAAAUCAAAAUCAUUGAAUAUUAAAGAUAUUCCAUACUCAUUUAAGAUAGCAGAUGUUGAUGGUGAUGGAUUGAUUUCAUUUGGUGAAUUUAUGUUCUUCUCUACACUUUUAUCUAUUCCAGAGGCAAGUGUACCAAUUGCAUUUAAGAUUAUGGAUGUAAAUGGCGAUGGAUCAAUCGAUGCCAAUGAAUUCAAUUCAAUUUUAAGGAUUCUCAGUAACCAAUCUCCAUUUGCCAAGAAUUCAAUAGCAACAGCACCAAACACUGAAUUCACAAGCCAAGGUUUCAACUCACAUUUGUUUGGCAAGAAGGGUGAUAAGCGUUUAACAUUGGACCAAUUCCAAAAGUUUUUAUCACAAUUACGUCGUGACGUUUUGCAAUUGGAAUUCAAUUUCUACGAUCCAUCAGGCAGGGGACAAAUUAGUCAAAGAGAUUUCGGUCUUUUAUUGAUCUCCUAUUCCAAAUUGGGCCAAUUGGAGCACCAUAUCAAGGCAUUGUCAUCAUUGCCAAAUAAAAUCGAUGCAAAUAAUAAAGGUAUCUCAUUCGACCAAUUUGUGUCCUUUAACACACUUUUAGAUAAAUUACAUGAUGUCGAACUCUCUAUGGACCUCUACAAAGGCAUAAAUCAACCUUUCACAAAAUCACAAUUCAAAUAUGUCUCAAAGAUCAUUUGUAACGUCGAUCCACAACCAGAGGUCGUAAAUACCGUUUAUCAAGUUUUCGAUACCGAUAAAAAUGGUGAUUUAGCUAAAGAUGAAUUCGUUGAAGUAAUGGAAAGAAGAAAAUAUAGAGGUCUUCAAAAUGAUCGUGAUACUGGUAUCUUCUCAAAAUUCAAAAAAAUUUUAAAAGUUUUAACUAAUCAAGAUUAA